UCUGCUCAUAUCGGCCAAUAUCCCACAAUCGGAGCUGGCUGCAGUCCUUCCUCCCUCAAGUUUCUUCCCAUAGGCUAGCCUAUUCUCUCCGGCCGCAAUCACACACUAUUGGCCCGGUCAGGUGACAGGCUUUUGGGGAAGCUGGCCAGCCUCGUUCUCGCUUUCCAUCAUUUAACACGCCAUCGCCAACCGGGAGUGCACGGGAACGGGAUAGAGCAUCGGAUUUAUCGGAAUAUUUUCCAGAUAUUGGACAAAACUGAUUUAGGGUCAACGGCAUGGGCGAGCGAACGGCAUUUCUGCUGUUAUGGGUUGCGACCUUGACGCUGGCAUCUGAGGUGCCUUCUGAUGACUCAGUGGGUCUGCUGGCAGAGCCCCAGGUAGCCAUGUUCUGUGGGAAAUUCAACAUGCAUGUCAACGUUCAGAGUGGCAAGUGGGAGUCGGAUCCCUUCGGCACCAAGAGCUGCAUCGGAACCAAGGAGGGCAUCCUGCAGUACUGUCAGGAGGUGUACCCUGAGCUCCAGAUCACUAACGUGGUGGAAGCCAACCAGCCAGUCAGCAUUCAGAGCUGGUGCAAGAAGGGACGCAAGAAGGGACGCAAGGAGUGUAGCAGUCACACACACAUCGUGGUGCCCUACCGCUGCCUGGUUGGAGAGUUUGUGAGUGAUGCCCUGCUGGUUCCUGAUAAGUGCAAGUUCCUGCAUCAGGAGAGAAUGGACAUGUGUGAGAGCCACCUGCACUGGCACACCGUGGCUAAAGAGUCCUGCGGAGACCGCACCAUGAAUCUCCAUGACUACGGGAUGCUGUUGCCAUGCGGCAUCGACCGUUUCCGAGGGGUGGAGUUUGUGUGUUGCCCAGCGGAGACACAGCGCGAGUCAGACAGUGUGGAGCUGACUGAGUCUGAUGUGUGGUGGGGUGGAGACGAGACUGAAUAUACCGAUAACAACAUGCCUCGCCAGGCGGAUCAGGGGGCUGUCACCACUGAGGAGGAUGACGAAGAGGAUGCCUUUGACAGAGACGAGGACGGAGAUGGUCUUGAGGAUGAUGAUGAUGAAGACGAUGAGGAUGACGUGACCGAUGAACGGGACAGUGGUGAAGGCACCUCCAACAUCGCCAUGACAACCACCACCACGACCACCACUGAGUCGGUUGAGGAAGUUGUCAGAGAGGUGUGUUGGGCGCGUGCUGAGUCGGGCCCGUGCCAUGCCAUUCUGGAGCGUUGGUACUUCGUGCCAGAGAAGGGCACCUGUGCCCCCUUCCUCUUUGGAGGGUGUGGGGGCAACCGGAAUAACUUUGACUCAGAGGAGUACUGCCUGUCUGUCUGCAGCACCAGUGUGUUGCCUACCACGGCCCCCUCCCCCCCUGGCGCGGUGGACCGUUACCUGGAGUCUCCCGGAGACGACAGCGAACACGCCAACUUCCAGCAGGCCAAGGAGAGUCUGGAGGCCAAGCACCGCGAGAGGAUGUCUCAGGUGAUGAGAGAGUGGGAGGAAGCAGAGAGACAAGCCAAGAGUCUCCCUCGCGCUGACAAGAAGGCAGUCAUCCAGCACUUCCAGGAGAAGGUGGAGGCCCUGGAGCAGGAGGCAGCAGGAGAGAGGCAGCAGCUGGUGGAGACCCACAUGGCCCGGGUGGAGGCCCUGCUCAACAGCCGCCGCCACAUGGCCCUGGAGAACUACCUCGGCUCCCUGCAGGCCAACCCACCCAGGCCUCGUCAGGUGCUUGGCCUGUUGAAGAAGUAUGUCCGUGCAGAACAGAAGGACAGACAACACACCCUGAAACACUACGAGCACGUCCGCAUGGUGGACCCCAAAAAGGCUGCUCAGAUCCGACCCCAGGUGAUGACCCACCUGCGUGUGAUUGACGAGAGGAUGAACCAAUCCCUGGGGCUGCUCUACAAGGUGCCCAGCGUGACCAAUGAAAUCCAAGACCAAGUUUCUGUCCUGAUGCAGAGGGUUCAGUCAGAGCUGUCUCAGCAAGUCUCAUCUCUGCAGAGCGAUGGGAGGAGUGAUGGCAGGGUGAGCUAUGGAAACGAUGCCCUGAUGCCCGACCAGGCUUACAGCUCUGCCCCUCUGGACCCUGGCAUGGGCCUGGAUCGACUGGGCUUCAUCCACCCAGAGAGCUUCAAUCAGCCCAACACUGACAACCACGUUGAUCCUGUUGAUGCUCGUCCAGUCCCAGAUAGAGGUCUGCCCACUCGGCCUGUGUCUGCUCUGAAGCCUGAGGAGGUUCCUGAGGUGCGGGUGGAGAAGGAGGAGCGGCAAAGCGCCAGCUAUGAAGUGCAUCAUCAAAAACUGGUGUUCUUUGCUGAGGAUGUGGGCUCCAACAAGGGUGCCAUCAUCGGCCUGAUGGUGGGCGGGGUUGUCAUAGCGACAGUCAUCAUCAUCUCUCUGAUUAUGCUGAGGAAGAAGCAGUAUACCUCCAUCCACCACGGAAUCAUCGAGGUGGAUGCUGCAGUGACCCCAGAGGAGCGUCACCUGUCCAAGAUGCAGCAGAAUGGCUAUGAGAACCCCACCUACAAGUUCUUCGAACAGAUGCAGAACUAAGGAGCUACCCGUUGACCCCUCCCAGACCCUGAACUUCCUUUCACCCCUCACACCUAGGGCCCGUUCCAUUUUGGUCCAUAAACCCCUCACACCUAGGGCCUGUUCCAUUUUGGUCCAUAAACCCCUCACACCUAGGGCCCAUUCCAUUUUGGUCCAUAAACCCCUCACACCUAGGGCCCGUUCCAUUUUGGUCCAUAAACCCCUCACACCUAGGGCCCGUUCCAUUUUGGUCCAUAAACCCCUCACACCUAGGGCCCGUUCCAUUUUGGUCCAUAAACCCCUCACACCUAGGGCCCGUUCCAUUUUGGUCCAUAAACCCCUCACACCUAGGGCCCGUACCAUUUUGGUCCAUAAACCCUUCUAACUCUUACUCUAUUGCUGUCAAUGGAUCUGAAAGGACUGAGUAGGUAAAACCAGUAUGACUGAAGUGCCAGAAAAAUCUAGAAUGAAUUUGGUUUGAAAUAGUUGUAGUCAUAUUACUUCCAGCUAUCCAGGGGUGGUGCCAAGGAGCUGGGGGCUGAAAUACAACCUAGCCACACUCACCCUUCAUCCUUUCCUCGUAAAGUGCAGCACAUCAACAUUCAUAGCUGCUAUUGGUCAGACAAGGAUAUCCUCACUCACCUGCAUAUUUUUCUAUAAUAUCCUGUAGUGUUUGUACAGAACAGAGAAGCUCAUUGAUUGAUUCAUCUGUCCGUCUAUCUGUGGGUGAGCCCUCCCCCUCAGGAUAGCACUCGCAGGUCUAAGAGGGUGAAACAGAGGCCCCAAAUAUCCCUGCAAUCUUCCUGCCUCUUCCUCACUCACUCUGACGCACUCUCCCCUCCCCCUCCAUCUCUCCCACGCACUCUUCUCCCCUCCCUCUCUCUCAGAUGACAGCUGUGCUGUGUUUAGUGAUGACAUAACAGCUCUUAACACUAGCGAAGGGAGGAGGGGCUCAGUCUGCCCUGAGCUCCUCUCUGUGGGAUUAUACCACAAGGGAGGAGGGGCUCAGUCUGCCCUGAGCUCCUCUCUGUGGGAUUAUAUCACAAGGGAGGAGGGGCUCAGUCUGCCCUGAGCUCCUCUCUGUGGGAUUAUACCACAAGGGAGGAGGGGCUCAGUCUGCCCUGAGCUCCUCUCUGUGGGAUUAUACCACAAGGGAGGAGGGGCUCAGUCUGCCCUGAGCUCCUCUCUGUGGGAUUAUACCACAAGGGAGGAGGGGCUCAGUCUGCCCUGAGCUCCUCUCUGUGGGAUUAUACCACAAGGGAGGAGGGGGGCUCAGUCUGCCCUGAGCUCCUCUCUGUGGGAUUAUACCACAAGGGAGGAGGGGCUCAGUCUGCCCUGAGCUCCUCUCUGUGGGAUUAUAUCACAAGGGAGGAGGGGCUCAGUCUGCCCUGAGCUCCUCUCUGUGGGAUUAUACCACAAGGGAGGAGGGGCUCAGUCUGCCCUGAGCUCCUCUCUGUGGGAUUAUACCACAAGGGAGGAGGGGCUCAGUCUGCCCUGAGCUCCUCUCUGUGGGAUUAUACCACAAGGGAGGAGGGGCUCAGUCUGCCCUGAGCUCCUCUCUGUGGGAUUAUACCACAAGGGAGGAGGGGCUCAGUCUGCCCUGAGCUCCUCUCUGUGGGAUUAUAUCACAAGGGAGGAGGGGCUCAGUCUGCCCUGAGCUCCUCUCUGUGGGAUUAUACCACAAGGGAGGAGGGGCUCAGUCUGCCCUGAGCUCCUCUCUGUGGGAUUAUACCACAAGCGUUUCAGGUUUUUUUUCCAGAAAAAUUUAUAAAAAAACAAAAAUAUAUAACUAAUACAUCAGAAAUAUGUAAAAGGCAAAGAAAUAUUGAAUGUUUUUAUUUUGUGCGUAAUGUAUUGAAAUAAGGCAGAAAAAACUAGCUGUAACUAUAUGUAGUGCAUGGUGAUAUUGAUGCCAGAUAUACGUAGAGAAGCUGGCUCCUGUCGCAGGACUGGGCCUCUCAUAUAGACUUUUAGCAGGAUUGUACAUUUUCUGUGUCUUCUUUGUGAUCUUGUGAUAUGAAGAGAGGAGAAAAAAAAGUAUUUAGAAUCUGGUCCGCUUUGUUGUCACUGCGACAAUCUUUAAACAGAACCUGUGCUCUCCUUUGUUUCCAGCCCCUUCCUCGCUCUGUUACCUACAUGGACCUAAUUAUCUCUAUCUACAUGUAGCUAAUAUAAUGACGUGUAAUAGUAUCUGAAAGGAAGUCGAUCUGUUUCAUUUAGUCUGGGUGUUACUGAUGUUACUGCUGUUUGUUGGUUUAUGUCCCUUAAAUAUUCCACGACGAGGAAUUGUUUCAGCUCCAUUCAUCAUUCCACCCCAUCUUUCCUCAUUCCUAUAUAGUCUGUGAACAUCAUUAAUGGAAACCGAUAUCAUUAUUAUGUUUUCUUUCUCAGGCGUUCAGGCUCUCUUUCGAUCUCUCCUUUCCUCUGUCUAUCCCAUAGACCACAACCAGCCCUGCUCCUCUCUAUCCAUGCUGUCGGCUUGGUGUGUGAACUAUGUUGAAUUGAGAGAGAGAGAGGGGGGAUUGUGUGUGUCAGAUUUGUACAUUCUAAUCAUCAAACACUUAUUCCCUCCACAAUGUCUCACACAGAACAUACACUAUUUUUCCAUGACAUAGACUGACCAGGUGAAAGCUAAGAUCCCUUAUUGAUGUACAUGUAUCAAACAACCAAGGAAAGAUAAGAAAAACUGUUCUUGUUCUGUGGUGGAUAUCCCCCUCUUGCUUGUUUUGUCAAAUCUCUCAUGUCUCAGACAUCCUGGCUUUAAAAGCAGAGGCUAAAGAAAUACUGAUCUCCGACUAGUUAUAUUGAUCUUGGGACAAAGUGCGUGAGGCAAAAUACAGGGACACUGUUCAGAAAGGAGCAACUGCACAGGACUUUCAGAUAUAAAUGUGUUAUGUGGAACAGAUGUCAUUCUGUCAGGUAGUUUUGUGUUACAUUUCCAUCUGCAACAUUCUGAAUGUUUCACCGAGCUGAACGCACCCCAGAUCUGGGAUCAGUAUUGAGGCCGUAGUAGAUGAGACAUUCCCCAUACCCAAAAUGGAGCCUCCAAUAGACAUGAAUGUGACAUUCAUAUUGUGCAAUUAUGCCACAGAUCUACAUAUUACUACACUCCCUCCCUACACACAAACUGAAGCUCUUAAAUCAGGUAAAUGUUUUGGUGUUAUCAAGGAUACUUGUACAGGGUAUCUCCAGGGGUUAGUGGUUUCAUUUGUUCAUUCUGUGACUUUCUGUGUACCUAUACAAAUCAUUUGCUUAGACUGAGAAAACGCUUUCUACACUAUCCCAUCAAUAAAAUGUUGAAUGUACAUACAAA